AGUGAGUAGCACUGAGGUAAUGCAGCCCAGCCCUGGCUCCACGCACUGAUAUAAGGCAGCCACCGACACAGGUGCACUCAGGAGUGAGCGGAUCCUCUGGAGCCUACACAGACAGCGACAGGGGCCUGCAGGUGCUGCCAGCUAAGGAGUCCCGCUCCCUUUCUGCCGUUGGCUUGAAAGCAUCUAGGGCGUGGCAACAUGUCGAUGGGGCUGGAAAUCGGUGGGGUGGCCCUGUCGGUGUUGGGCUGGGUGGGCACCAUCGUGUGCUGUGCACUGCCUAUGUGGAGGGUGACGGCCUUCAUCGGGAACAAUAUCGUGACGGCCCAGACCAUCUGGGAGGGGCUGUGGAUGAACUGUGUGGUGCAGAGCACGGGCCAGAUGCAGUGCAAGGUCUACGACUCCAUGCUGGCGCUGCCCCAGGACCUGCAGGCGGCUCGCGCCCUGGUGGUGAUCGCGAUCGUGCUGGCCGUGCUGGGCCUCAUGGUUGCCCUCAUCGGCGCGCAGUGCACCAGGUGCGUGGAAGAUGAGGCAACCAAGGCCAAGAUCACCAUCGUGUCUGGGGUGAUCUUCUUGCUGGCUGGGAUCAUGACCCUCAUCCCCGUGUGCUGGUCGGCCAACACCAUCAUCCGCGAUUUCUACAAUCCUGUGGUGAUAGAGUCACAGAAGCGGGAGCUGGGAGCCUCCCUCUACGUGGGCUGGGCAGCUGCAGCACUGCUGCUGUUUGGGGGGGCUCUGCUCUGCUGCUCCUGCCCCCCCAAGGAUGAGAAGUACGCUCCAACCAAGGUGGCUUACUCUGCUCCCAGAUCCACCGGGCCCAGCUACGACAAGAGGAACUACGUGUGAGGGAGGCAGCCCAGCACCCCUCCCGCCUGCCCUGAUCCAUUCAUCAGACUGCUUCUGACUGUCACUGCCCCCCCCCCCCGCUGCUCUCUGUAGCCCUUAGGACCCCAGGGGAACAUGGCUAACCCUUGCUGCCCCAAGGACGACUGUUGGCUGGCUGCUCACCAGACUUUGACUGUCAUUCCAAUUGCUGGGUGGAGGAGGAACUGCUCCGUCUCCCUCAGGGCUGCUGGCGAGGGGAAGCAAGACCCUGGCUAAGACUCUCGUUUCUGUUUGUAGAUACUUUGUCUUUGAUCUAUUGCACCCCGGCUCUGAGGCACCCUCAUCCCCACUGGCUGGAGAAACCCCACUGGGCUCCGUUCCUCCUUCAAACCCAACGGAUUCCUCCCGCUGGUUCAGCUGGCGUCCUGGCGAAUUCUCUGGCUGGGGGUGGGGGGCGGAUGGGUAACUAAGAGUGAAGAGGUAUUUGUACUGAACGUGCCAGCAGCCUCUCCCAGCUGGCACUGGCUGUGCCCUGGGUGUUGGGACCCCUCCUUUUCCCUACCUCCCAGGAGUUUUCUCUGAGGCACUGCUGGGAGCACCCUGCCCCCAUUUACCCUCCCCCCAGCCCUGGAUGUGCCUGCCUGCGGGUUUGAUGGCUGUGUAAAUACGGAUGAUUUCUUGUAGCUAGGAGAGAUUUUUCACCAUGAUUUGAUUUGUGAAGGAAGCUGUUGCCUCCUAGCACCCACCUGCGCUGAUGGGACUUAUCCUGGGCCAUGGAACAGUAGCUGAUCCUUCUGGAGGCCCUGAGGUGGCUUCUGUGGGAAAGAGAGGAAUGAGGAGCCCUCCCUUGCCAUAGUGGGAAAGGAGGCCAGCAGACGCUGGGGCAGGGGUGUGCAGGGCUAUCGUCUCUCUGAUCACCUGCCUGCCUGCGCUGGACAGGCUGUGCCCCCUGUUACACGCACUUAGACAGUCCUGCUUCUGCUGCUUUGUACUGAGUUACAUUUUUCAAUAAAAUUGUCCAGUU